ACAUUUUUCAUUUUCUCUGCACCGAGACCGUGAGGGCGCCGCCGCUGCUCUCGUCCGCCGACGACAAACGAGCCCAGCGCGCCGCCGACGGCUGUGCCCUCGUUCCCCGCGAGUCCUGUGAGUUCCUUCCUCCUCCUCAUCUCCGCACCCCGCCUCUCCUUCUCGUGCGCCGAGGGGAAUGAGACCUCACCGGAUCGAGAGCUUCAGCGUGCGCGGCAUGAGAACAAGGCCGGAGAUGUACGUGCGGCUUGCAUGCUAGGAGGGAGGGAGGCAUGCAUGCUAGGAGAGAUGGAGCAAGGCAUGAUUCCUUGCCGCCACCACCAUCGCUAGCCCGCUCGCAGAUGAUGUUGAUCGAUCCACCGCGCGCGCCCCAUGCGUCGAACCCUGGCCUCCGAUUUUUCGGCCUCCAUCCCGCCUGAGGUUAACAUCCUGCCCUUCUACCCAGGGGGAGUGCAGCACAAGUGCUGCCCAUCGGAGUCACGCUAUGCCGAGUGCCGGAGUUGGUACUCCACUUUUGUAUCGUUACAGAUCGAAAAUUUUGUGCUACAACCGUUUUUUUUUUUUUUUUUUUUUUGCUUUUCCAUCAUGUGGAGAAUCUUUUUGCUACAACAACUAUGUGGUUUUGCACCAUGCGUUUUGUGGAUUCAUAUUUCAUUUUUUUGUUGCUAUAAUUGUUAUGUGGUUUUGCUACAUUGGUAUAAUUUUAUUGCCAUGAUGUCUCGUUAUCUUCAGUUUCCCAAAGACAGUGUGACGCAGUGCUGCAGUAAGGGUGCAGCGGAAAGGAGAGAGGAACAGCCAUGGCGACCACUCUCUCGUUAUCUUCUCCCUUCUUCCUCGCCGCUCCGCCCAAACCUAGAGAUGUGAUUUCGCUUGGAGUGGCUUCAGCUGCUCCCUCACGGAACACUGCAAAUCUACCAUGCAGGGGAUAUUUCCCUGGCCUGGCGCAUGGCCGGAAGCAACAACGACGCACAUCAGUAGUAUCCGUGUUUGGGAGAAAGACAAAGAUCACCAGAGAAACACUUGUCCCUGACCCAGACUACCGGUUACCGAUUGCUAUACUUGGGAUUGCUGGUGCAUUUGCAUAUGCGGACAACCUUCUUGCUGCUGCACCUGUAGGCCUUCUGGGGCUGCUUCUUUUGUUCCAGACUACUAGAGUUAGAUUCGUCUUUGAUGAUGAGGCCCUGGAAGUGAAAGUGGGAAAUCAGCUGCAGGAAUCGGGCGAAAAUGUUUUUGUUGGUGGCAAGAACCGUUGGAAGUACUCAACAUUCGUGAACUGGGAACUAUGGUGGCCACAAUUCCCUAUCCUGGUUUACUUCAAAGAAACCCAAACAAAACCCGAAGGCCAAAUUCAUUUCUUCCCUGUGAUUUUCAACGGCCGGCAACUCUAUGAUACUAUGGUGGAGCGUGCUGGACCUUCGGAAACAAGCGGGCCUAAUCCCUGAGACAGGCGGCGAGCUGUGCUCCAUGGGUUCUGUAAGCAUUGGUUCAAGUUCCAUGAGCCAAAAUCUCCAUGAUUUGUAAAAACUGCUUCAAUGUAUAUCUAUUCUAUGUGUUUGCAUAGUAUUAUAUGCGUUAAUCUCGAUAGCAAAAGUUGUACACUAAGCAUCUUAAAGUUGGUAUGUGAGAAAAUGAUGUAAUGCGGCUUCUUCAACAUGGUGUUCUUACCUCCCUCGCAAAACAAUGGCUGUGUUUGUCAGUGUAUCAGCCACUUGAAAUUUCUAUUGGAUGGGAUCGCAUUCCGAAAUGAA